GACGUCACGCAGGUGACGUAUCAUGUUUGGAAUGGGGAAGAACAGUUGUAAUGUGUUGUUUUGAUAGCCUCCAUAGCUCUCCAAGUAGCUAGACUGAAGGUUUCGGAAUGGGGCUAUUCGGCAAAACACCAGAAAAACCGCCUAAAGACCUGAUUAAUGAAUGGUCACUAAAAAUACGGAAAGAAAUGAGGGUGAUUGACAGACAAAUCCGAGAUAUUCAGAGGGAGGAGGAGAAGGUGAAGAGAUCGAUCAAAGAUGCAGCUAAGAAGGGACAAAAGGACGUGUGCAUCAUUCUUGCCAAAGAGAUGAUUCAUUCAAAGAAAGCAGUCAACAAACUCUACGCAUCCAAAGCCCAAAUGAACUCCGUGCUCCUUAGUAUGAAGAAUCAGUUGUCUGUUUUAAGAAUGGCAGGUGCAUUGCAGAAGAGCACAGAGGUCAUGAAGGCCAUGCAGAGCCUGAUAAAAGUCCCAGAGAUCCAGGCUACCAUGAGGGAUCUCUCAAAGGAGAUGAUGAAGGCGGGUAUUAUAGAAGAGAUGCUGGAGGACACCCUUGAGGGCAUGGAUGAUGAGGAAGAAAUGGAGGAAGCAGCAGAGGCUGAGGUUGAUAGGAUCCUCUUUGAAAUCACAGCUGGUGCUCUUGGAAAAGCUCCCAGCAAAGUUACAGACGCUCUUCCUGAGCCGGAGCCAGUCGGGGCUACUGCCGCCUCGGAGGAUGAAGAGGAAGACAUUGAGGAGAUGCAGUCCAGGCUAGCGGCACUGAGGAGCUAAACCGUUAUACCUGCUCCUUCUAAAUUAUGUAGUCAUACACCGAAAUCUCUUCUCAGUUAAAGUAAAUUUAUUCUUCCAAUGGCUUUGUCCUUAUAAGGACUGAAUUGGUAUCAGCAGGCUGUAUAAUAGUUUUACACAGAAAACAACUCCAAGAGAAGUGCUAAUAAAACAAAAACAUUUUUGUCUGCAUAGUUAAGCAGCAAGGUUUAAAUGAACAGGAGCAUUUUAGGACAGUUUGUUAUGGCUGCUUGGUAAUUUCAUUCAGUUCAUAUUGAAAAGUCUUUUCAACAAGAUUAGAAGUCAUUUCUGCUUUAAACGGUGAUUUAAAUUAAGUUAGUCCAUGCUGUAUAUGCCUAUAGCUGUGUAACAUGACAAAGGAUCUGUUGUACAGUGCAGUCACUUUGUUGAUCUUUAUCCUUCUGUCUUCAUUUUCACUGUGUUUCUCUAGCCUUAUUUGGUGUCUAGGCGAAUGCUUCUUCUCUGUGUAACCAUUCAGUGGAAAUGUGGUCUUAACUGAAUUUGCGAAACGUCUAACAGCCGCUGUAUGUAAGUUUUGUAUAAAUAUAUAGACAUUGAGUGUGUUGAUCUUAAUUUUAUAUUAAGUAAAGCCCUCCUAGUUAUGUAAAUGAUCUGGCUGCUGGUCAGAGCUGAUGAAACCCAUGCAUUGCUCUGGCUUGUUAUGGAAACUCUGUAGCUUUCACACACAGAGCUGCUGUACCACAGCCAAACAUUGUGAAAGUGGAAAAUAAGUGCUAAUGGUUUAGUAAUUCAGAUCCACCGUUCCAAAUUUGCACUUUAUAAUACUGUAAUAUUGUUGUUAUUAAAAACACUCCAAAAAAAUCCUGGGACAUUUUCAAAAUGUUCUAAACCGCUUUGGUUUCACAGGAAAACUGCUGUACAUCCUAAAGCGUUCAUUAGAAAAGUAAGCAGUAUCACUUCCUGUGUCCUUGUCCAUUUUUUUUUUUUAUGUUGCUUUAAAUUAUUCCAUCCAAAGGUAGAGCAUGUAAUAAACGUUCUAAACAAUGUUAAUGCUCGAGGAAAAAAAGGAGCACUUCAUACUCCAAAAUUCACCCUCAAAGAUAUUUAGUUUUGGCUAGGCCCAGGGUCUGUAAAUAAAUGUGACCUGAGCCACUUUUUUUUUCAUAAAUCAUCUCUAACAAUUUGCUGUAUGUUUGUUUUAAAUCUCAAGCCAUGGUUUCAAUACACUAUCACUAAAAGGUUUCUGUGAUGUGACCUUGUAUAGCAGAGAUGGUUAGUUCUUCAGGCAGCAUGUAAGACAUGGGGCUUUUUUCUGCACAUAAAAAAAAAAAAAGUACUGUGUGAUCCUAUAGGGCUCUCUAGAUAAAAUUGUCAGCUUAUAGCAUGACUCUGCUCUCUCUUACAGCUGUUUGUGUUUGAGUAUGCUGAUGUUCAAAGUUUUCUUUCUCUGUGGACUGAAAUGAGGUUUUGUCACACAUUUAUGAAGAGACGUACAUAAAAACCAUCAUAGCUGGCUACAAAUAUUUUAUCCAAAUUCGGUAUCAUUCUUCACCGAUUAAUUAUGUUUCAUGAUACGUUUGUGAAAUAAUCAUAAAAUCUUCAUUUAAGGCAUUGAGCUUCAGUUCAGGCUUAUGGAAAAUGUAAAUACCUGCAGAAUGAACAUACUGGAAUGUGUUUUGUAAACACAGGGAUGUUUAAGAAUAAACUUUUAUAAAGAA